AUGUCUUAUGCACGAGGCAUAUCAGAAACACCCUCUGAAGGCUCGGAUCUUGUCAUGAUGGAGUCCAAUGAUGAGCAUGAUGAGCUCCUCUCCGACAGUCUUCGAACUGCUCCCAAGCCUGCUGCCGGCACUUUACAGAAGUACCAAUUCAUCAACGAGUUUGCACCCGAUGACUUGGAGGACCCCAUUAUCAACAGUCCACGUCCAACACAGGCUGCCAAAAUGCCCCAGCGCCGAGGUCGUAAGCGAAAGACUAAAGCCCUUUCACCUGUUAGUGAAGACGAAGGCUCGAAUGGCUGCCAGGCACAAGUUUUGAACGGCAAAUCUAAGGGUGUGAAGGCAAAGAAAGUCAAGACCAGUCGUGGAACACAGAACAAAAAGCUGGCUGUCUUUGAAUCCGAUGACGAGAAUCAGCCACAGUCCUUCCCUGAGGCCAGGCCCUCACCAGGCCAGGCCAGGCCAGGCCAGGCCCACAGGCAGGCUUUCCAGGGCCUAGGGCCUGGCCUGAUAUUUGACAAGGCCCAAGCCUCGGUCCUGGGCCCUGGCUUGUCCUCGGUGGAAGGUCCGGCGGCAAAUCCAAAACGGCAAGCAGUCUUUCGGCAGACAAAUGUGCGCCUGACGAGGGUGUUAUGGAGGACGGGCCCCAUGAAAUUUUUGAAUUUUGAAGGCAAACACUUGCGACAUGCUGUCGCAAACACUCGUGCUGACACGUCUUUCGAUGUGCUCACAGAUACUCAAUCCACAGCGCCUGUGGAAAUGCAUUCAGGAACGCUCGAUAGCGAAGGCCUCGAGUGUAUCGAUGACACCUGCACCACAGUCUCAGACACGAGCAAUGCAACAAGAGGACACGCUCAAUCAGAUGCUGUCGACGGCAAUGGAUUAUUAGAAGAUAUUGAUGUCCAAGACAUCAGCCCAAUCACGAAGGCACGCCGGGAGGACAAGACUAUGGACAUAAGUGCCUUCUUUGGAGCACCAUAUGCUGCAAAGUCGAAGGACGGCAAAACUCGUAAUGUCAGGGACUGUAAAUCAUGCCACAAAAAAGGCUUCCCACAUCAAAUUACACUUGGACGCAUAUCGUAA